AUGGGAAUCAAAGGAUUGACUAAAUUCAUCGCUGAUGCCGCUCCGAAUGCAAUAAAAGAAAUAAAAAUAGAGAGUUUGAUGGGAAGGAUUAUUGCCAUCGAUGCUUCUAUGUCCUUAUAUCAAUUUAUCAUAGCUAUUAGAGAUUCUGAACAGUAUGGUAAUUUAACAAACGAGUCAGGAGAAACGACUUCACAUAUUUCUGGGUUAAUGUCUAGGAGUAUACGUUUAAUGGAAAAUGGAUUGAAACCGAUUUAUGUUUUUGAUGGCGCGCCACCUGAAUUGAAAGGUUCGGAAUUAGAAAAGAGAGGAGAGAAAAGACAGAAAGCUGAAGAGUUAUUAAAAAAAGCAAAAGAAGAAGGUAAUUUAGAAGAAAUAAAAAAGCAGAGUGGUCGAACAGUACGUGUCACAAGAAAACAAAAUGAAGAAGCAAAGAAAUUAUUAACUUUGAUGGGAAUACCUGUUAUAGAAGCUCCAUGUGAAGCUGAAUCUCAAUGUGCUUUUUUAACAAAAUAUAAUUUAGCUCAUGCAACAGCUACAGAAGAUGCUGAUGCUUUAGUUUUUGGUACAAAAAUAUUAAUAAGAAAUUUAAAUGCAAAUGCAACAUCCAAUCAAAAUAAAAAUAAAAAUAAUAGUAAGAGAGGUUAUAUAUUAACCGAAAUAAAUUUAGAACAAGUUUUAAAAGGUUUAAAUUUAACUAUGGAUGAAUUUAUUGAUUUCUGUAUUUUAUGUGGUUGUGAUUAUUGUGAUACCAUAAAAGGUAUUGGAUCAAAAACCGCUUAUAAUCUUAUAAAAGAAUAUAAUUGUAUUGAAAAAAUAAUAGAAAAUAUUGAUCAAAAUAAAUAUCAAGUACCAUCCAAUUUUAGAUUUCAAGAAGCUAGAAAAUCAUUUAUAAAUCCAAACGUCUUACCAAAAGAAGAUAUUAAAAUUGAUUGGAACGAACCACAAAUCGAAGAAUUAAAACAUUUCCUAAUUAAAGAUUAUAAUUUUAAUGAACUCAGAGUUACCAAUUAUAUUAAUAGAUUAUUAAAAGCUAGAAAAGUUACAACACAGAGGAGAUUAGAUAAUUUCUUUACUGCAUGUACAAAGAAAAGUACUAAAUUAAUAGUUGAGGAAACCAAGAAGCAACAAACUCUACCAGCACGUAAGGGAAAAAAGAGACCGACCUCCGGUGAUAAAAAUAAGCAAAAGGGUGUCAAGAGAAAAAUCGAACAAGCUAACGCAAAUGGGGAUCAUAAAAUGAAGGAGGAAAAUAAAAGUGUGGAUGAUGAAAAAAAUGAGGAUGACAUAAAAAAUAUGGAUGACAUAAAAAAUAUGGAUGACAUAAAAAAUAUGGAUGACAUAAAAAAUGAGGAUGACAUAAAAAAUGAGGAUGACAUAAAAAAUAUGGAUGACAUAAAAAAUAUGGAUGACAUAAAAAAUAUGGAUGACAUAAAAAAUAUGGAUGACGAAAAAAAUAUGGAUGACAAAAAAAAUAUGGAUGACAUAAAAAAUUUGGAUAAUUUCUCUUCAAACCUUUUUGACAGUGAUAAAGAAUCCGAAUCAGGUAAUAUUAUAAAAAAGGAAAAACAAAAUAUAGAUGAUGAAAAAAUAAAUGAUAAUAUAUCAUCCUUAUUUGGUGACCAUUCACGAAUUCGUCACACCGAAAAUAAGGACACUAUAAGUGAUAUUCAUAAUAAUAAUAAUAGUAGUAGUAAUAAUAAUAGCUGUAAUGAUAAUAAUAAUAUUAGUAAUAACCAUUUUAAUAGUGUAAGUAGUAAUAGCACAUUUAAUAGUAGCACGAAAUUAAAAAGCGACGACACCCUUAAGAGUAAUUCACCUCUAAAGGAAGAUUCGCCAAAUAGUUAUAAUAAUAUUAAAAAUAAUUACCAUACAAUUAAUAUUAACAGUCAAAUUAAUAAUCAUAAAGAACCUAUAUCUAAUAAUAAUGUAAAUAAUAUAAAUAAUUCUACCGAAAUUAAAAAAAAAAAUACUUUAUUUUUAUUACCUUUUUGUCCAAAGGAUGUUACUAAUGUAAAGAAAAAGAAAUAUACUCAAAGAUGCUGA